AUGGCGUCUGGGAGUUCAUAUGAAGAACAGCAAAAACGUCUGCAGACUUUGUUUGAUGCGGCUUCUACCCCUGAAUCGAGUAAAGACCCGUUUGAAGAUGAUGGGGAGUAUGGAUCGGACCAAGAAUAUCAACCGUCUGGCGAUGAGUCUACGAGUUCGGAGGAUGCAACAAAAGUUUCGCAAACAAGAGGUGUACGCCGGAAUACAACUAUCUUAUCAUCCGGUGAGUCCAUAUCAACUUCAUCUAGUGACACUGACGAUGAUCACGACAGAACUUUGUAUUCUGGCUUCGAGGAACUUCGACCAAUUCAUGAACGUGAACAAUUGAGUCAGACUCAAAAGUCUGAGUCUGACCUAGAUAUAGAGAGAGUCAUUGAUGAAUCACAAGAAGCAGAUGAAUCGUGGUGUAAUACUGAAUCUGAAAUACCAGAUUUCAAAUUUGCUAGCUCAGAAUCUGGCAUAACGGUAAAUAUUGAUGAUAUGGUAAACGUGAUGGACUUUUUUCGACUGGUUUUCCCACAAAACUUCAUUGAAUACUUAGUAAACUGCACUAACAUUUAUGGGAACGCAUUAUGUAACACAAAUAAACCCCAUAAAAGACAUAGUCGCAGAGCAGUAUAUCGCGAAACAAACUGUGAAGAAAUGAUGAAGUUCCUCGGACUCAGUCUUCUCUCUGGACAAACAAAAUGCCAUAAUCAAAGAAAACUAUUCUCACAAGCAGAUACACUGUAUUAUCAUCCAAUAUUCAGCUACACAAUGUCAGGCAGAAGAUAUGAACAGAUUUUACGCUGUAUGUGUGUAUCAGAUUUGGAUGCAAAAGGAGAAAAGAAGGUCGCAAGCUUUAUUGAUACUCUGACACUCAAUUUCCGAAAAGUUUAUAAACCUGACGAACAAUUAUCCCUGGAUGAGUCUCUUAUGUUGUUUCGAGGGCGUUUGCAUUUUCGUCAAUAUAUAAAAUCAAAAAAAGCCCGAUACGGACUAAAGUUCUAUGAACUUACGAGUUACGACGAAUAUGUCCUCAAUGUGAAAAUGUACUCAGGCAAGGAAGAUACAGAUGGAGAUGUUGAUGAAUCUAAGACUGAAAAGCUUGUUUUGAGAUUGAUGCGUCCAUACCUGCUCCAUGGCCAUCAUCUAUUUAUGGAUAAUUUCUACAACUCCGUGAAGUUUUCACAGAAAUUAUUGGAUCUUAAAACCCAUUCGACUGGAACUUUGAGGACAAAUCGGAAAGAUAAUCUUAAGGACAUUGUAACCAAGAAGCUCAAAAAAGGUGAGCAUAUCUGGGCACGCAAAGAAAAAGUGUAUGUCUCUAAGCGCUAUUACGCACUGUCGACUAGUCGCCGGCGACUCGGUCGCUGGCGACUGUGA